CAUUAAGCUGUACAGGCGAAGUUCACGUCUUGACUCCUGUGAGAAGAAGAAGCACCGUGGAAAAGAGGCUGGAUGGUGACUUCGCGAGGAAAACGUGGAUGGUCAAACAAAAAACGCCAGUCGAGGAAGUAAAUGGGAGUUUAUGCCCUUUUAUCAUUUUUUCAUGCACUUCUCCAAGCCUCAAGAAGGAGCUUGAAUCGUAAGGCCGACGUCUCAACAAUCUUAACCGAUUGAAAGGAGCUUUCUGUGGAGUUUGACGAGAUCAACAUCCGCUACCAUCAUAUACCAACUACGGAUAUACUUAGUGGCACGACCAUGGAUUAAGACAUCUGCCUAUAUCUACAUUUCAUUGUUGACCGAGGCAUAUGGAUUCGGAUGUACUCAUUGAAAUCGAUUUUGGGCUCUCCAAGGUGCAGGCGUUCCAUGAGAAGCCAUACGAAUAAGGCGUUUAAUGUGUCGAACGAUAAAAUAAGCUAGAUACAUUGUAUUUUGUGGUAAGACACAUUGUGUGUUUUUGGCUUUGAGACCUUUAGAUGAGUGGAUGUUACAAUUUUGCACCAACGCCUUAAACAUUGGUUACUGUCGUGUCAUUCAGUAGCUGCGGACAGCAAUACUGAAGACCAAAUAACUGGCUCUUAUUCAUUUGACUGGUUCUUUAAGGAUACACGGCUAAUUAUCAGACGUUAAACACUUGCCUUGGUUCUGGACUUUGUGAAACGUAAUUGUUACGUUUUCUCUACACAGGCAAAAUGUCCUUUUUUAAUUUUCGGAAAAUCUUUAAACUGGGAACUGAAAAGAAAAAGAAACAAUACGAACACGUUCACAGAGACUUGAAUCCGGAGGAGGAGUGGGAGAUUGUAGGAGAACUGGGCGAUGGAGCCUUUGGCAAAGUGUACAAGGCCCAGAACAGGCAGACGAAUGUGUUGGCCGCUGCUAAAGUGAUCGACACCCAGACAGAGGAGGAGCUGGAGGACUACAUGGUGGAGAUCGACAUCCUGGCAUCAUGUGACCAUCCCAAUAUUGUCAAGCUCCUAGAUGCCUACUACUACCUGAACAAGCUAUGGAUCCUGAUUGAGUUCUGUGGGGGAGGAGCGGUGGAUGCUGUAAUGCUGGAGCUGGAGCGGCCAUUGACGGAGCCCCAGAUCCGUGUGGUGUGUAAGCAGACUCUAGAGGCACUCCAGUAUCUCCAUGACAACAAAGUCAUCCAUCGCGACCUGAAGGCUGGGAACAUCCUCCUCACCAUUGGCGGAGAGAUCAAGCUGGCUGACUUUGGUGUGUCUGCUAAGAACACAAAAACCCUUCAGCGGAGAGAUUCCUUCAUCGGGACACCAUACUGGAUGGCCCCUGAGGUGGUGAUGUGUGAGACCUCUAAAGACCGGCCGUAUGACUAUAAGGCAGAUAUCUGGUCCCUGGGCGUCACCCUGAUCGAGAUGGCCGAGAUCGAGCCCCCCAACCAUGAGCUCAACCCCAUGAGGGUGCUUCUGAAGAUCGCCAAGUCCGAACCCCCCUCACUUAUGAAACCGUCGAGAUGGUCAGCAGAGUUUAAAGACUUCCUGCGUAAGUGCCUGGACAAGAACAUGGACAACCGGUGGACUACAGCUCAGCUGCUGCAGCAUCCAUUUGUUGUGAGUGUGGUGGAUAAUAAGCCCAUGAGAGAGCUGAUUGCAGAGGCCAAAGCUGAGGUCACUGAGGAGAUUGAAGAGGGCAAAGAGGAGGAAGAGGAGGAUGACACGGACCCACUGCUGGUGGUGCCUAGCCACAAGCGUGCCUUGUCGGAUGCCAGCGCCGGCAGCUCAGAGGACGAGAGGGGCAUCCCUAGCCCUGCCCCCUUGGAUGCCGUCUCUGAGAUGGCAGAGCCCGAGCCACAACCCUAUCAGGUCAAAGGUCAUGAGGAGAAGGAGGUGGUGGUCAUGGAGACACCUGCUGGAACUGAGGAGGAAGUGCAGGCCAGGGCAGAAGAUGAGGACAAAGACCAACCAGAAGCAGUCCCAGAAGUACAGGACACUGUACCGGUCAUCAGUGAGACUGAGGAGAAAGACAAGAAGAUUGAGAUCAAUGAGAGAAAGAGUGAAGAAAAGGAGGAGGAGGAAGAGGAGAAGAAGAGGGAGAAGAUAGAGAAGAAGGUGGAAGAAGAAAAGGAGGCUGAUGUGAGUGAAGAGGUGAAGGCUGAGGUGAAAGAGGUAGAGGAAGAAGAGGUGAUGAAGGAAGAUGAUGAAGUGAAUGGGGAGGAAGAACAGAAAGAAUUAGAGAUGGAGAACAAUGAGGAGAAGGAAGACAAAGUGAUUGAGAAACUUCCUCCGCUUUCCGAUGCCUCAGAACGGGCAGACGCCGAGACAGGAGAAGAGAUCAACCAUAAGCCUGAGGAACCGGUAGACAAGCCAGCAGAACCACAGGAACCUGAAGAACAGAAGCCUGAAGUGGAAACUGCAGCUGAGCCAGCGGAACAGUCCGACAGCAUUUCUGCAGAGCCCAAAGAACUGCCCACGAGAACUGGAGGGUCUGAGAAACUGGACAGCACAACAGAAACCAAGAAAGACAAAGAAGAAGAAGAAGAGGAAGAGAAGGAUGCUAAAGAGGAACCAGCUGAAGGAGGUGAACUCUCCUCAGAUGGAGCUGCAGCAGCGGUGGAGUCCACAGAGAACCCCUCAGAGGCCAUCUCUCAGGAGGAGGUUCAGGGAGCAGAGGAAGAGGUGGUGAAGGGAGAGGAGGAAGAGAAGGAAGAGAAAGAGGUAGAGAAUGACAAGUCUCCAGACCUAGGAAAGGUUGCCGACGAGGAAAAGAAGGAGUCACUGACAGAGCCGCCAGUAACGUCAGUAACAGAUGUUCCCCCGGUGAUUGUUGUCGAGGGCGAUGAGGGCAUUCAGACCACGGUGACAAAAGUUGAGGAGGAGAAGGAAAAAGAGAAGGAUUCUGAUUCAGGGAACAGCUCGGCUGCUGACACCAACAGCAUUGACAUCAACCUGUCCAUAUCCAACUUCCUGUCCAAAAACAAGGACGGCUCCGUCUCCAUACAGGACACCAGACGUCAGAAAAAGACCCUGAAGAAGACGCGCAAGUUCAUGGUGGACGGUGUAGAGGUCAGCGUGACCACUUCCAAGAUCGUCACCGACAACGACACCAAGAGUGAAGAGCUGCGCUUCCUCAGGCGACAGGAGUUGCGUGAGUUGAGACUUCUUCAGAAGGAGGAGCAGAGAGCCAUGCAGCAGCUCAACAACAAACUCCAGAUGCAGAGGGAGCAACUCUUCAGGCGCUUUGAACAGGAGACCACUGGUAAAAAGCGUCAAUAUGAGCAGGAGCUGGAGACCUUGGAGAAGCAGCAGAAGCAGUCCAUCGAGCGCCUGGAGCAGGAGCACACCAGCCGCCUGAGGGACGAGGCCAAGCGCAUCAAAUCAGAGCAGGACAAGGAGCUCGCCAAGUUCCAGAACAUGCUUAAGAACCGCAAGAAAGAGGUGAAACAGGAAGUAGGCCAGUCCCCCAAACAUAUGAGAAAAGAGCUACUCAAGCGCUUAAAGGAAGACCUAGCAAUCGCACAGCAUGAAGAGGAACAAGAGUUUCUGCAGCGACAGCAGCAAGAGUUGGAUGCAGCCCUGAAGAGGAUCAUCCAGCAGCACAAACAUGAGCUUGCCACCAUUGAGAGAGACUGCCUCAACAACAAACAACAGCUCAUGAGAGCCCGUGAAGCAGCAAUGUGGGAGCUGGAGGAGCGCCACCUUCAGGAGAAACACCAGCUGCUCAAACAGCAGUUGAAGGACCAGUACUUCAUGCAGAGACACCAGCUGCUCAAGAGGCAUGACAAGGAGAUGGAACAGAUGGCUGGCUAUAACCAGCGUUUGAUGGAGGAGAUGAAGAACAAGCACACCCAGGAGAAGGGCCGUCUGCCCAAGAUCCAGCGCAGUGAGGCCAAGACCCGCAUGGCCAUGUUCAAGAAGAGCCUCCGCAUCACGGGCACCGGCACGCCCGAACAAGACCGCGACAAGAUCAAACAGUUUGCAAUCCAAGAGGAGAAGAGGCAGAAGAAUGAACGGCUUCAUCAGCAGCAGAAACACGAGAACCAGAUGAGGGACCUCCAGCUCCAGUGUGACUCCAACAACAGAGAGCUUCAGCAGCUACAGAAUGAAAAGUGCCACCUGCUGGUGGAGCACGAGACUCAGAAGCUGAAGGAGCUGGAUGAGGAGCAUGGCCACGAGCUCAAAGAGUGGAGAGAGAAGCUGAGACCACGCAAGAAGGCCCUGGAGGAGGAGUUCAGCAGGAAGCAGCAGGAACAGGACGUGUUCUUCAGCACCAGCGGCGACUCCGAGUGCCUGAACCCCAGUGCCCAGAGCAGGGUGUCCAAGUUCUACCCAGUCCCAGGGGCCCACUCCUCUGGGUCCUAACCAACACACCCACACACACAUACAUAUAUAUACACACACACACACAUACACAUACACACACACAUACACAUACACAUACACAUACACAUACACAUACACAUACACAUACACAUACACACACACACAUACUGAGGGUUCCAUGGGUUCCUGCAUCAUUGACAAUCCUGGGAGCUUUGUCACAGAUAUGCCCAUUCCACUCUGAAGCUGCAGAAGCUCAAUCAGUGCCACCACCCUCACAUCCACAAACGAUGAUGCUCCUGAACACGCUCCGCUGAAUCUUCGGAGUUUCCUAGGCCAUUCAUUACUGAGUGACUGACUGUGUGAACCAUGUUAACAUGCUCCCUGCUCUUUGCUUACUGAUGGGCUCUUAGCAUCAGGGGCAUGCUGAAGGUGACAGAUCAGACCCAAGCAGACUGAAACCCAACAAGACAAUUCCAGCCCUGAUCAAACCAGCCGAGAGCCAACCAGACACAACCUGACCUGAUUGGAUAAAAGCAGGCCCAACCUAAGCAGACCUUGUCCGACCUGAUCAGGCAACACAAAACCAGAGUAGGUGGACUACAUUAGAAUGCACCCAAUCUUCCCAAACGGCUCAGGCAAUGCAGUGGAACAGCUACUUUAGAGACGCCUUUCAGUUCAAGUUCAGUCCCUAUUCCUCAGUUCCAAGAGGGAAGUCAGUGCCUCAAAUGUGUGUUUUGUCCAUGUUGGUGUGUGUGUGUGUUUUUAUGUGUGUUUGUGAUGUGAUGUGGUGUGAUGUAUGUAUGUAUGUAUGUAUGUAUGUAUGU